AUGAUCAUCUUUGGUGGGAAGCAUCCGUUCCUGAACAAGCGAAAUGAGCUGGAUCAGAGGUUGAUGAUCGAAGGUCGCUUGGACUUCACAGACACCUCCAGCGUCGCCGCGCAGGGCUUGGGUCUCUUCGGCUUGGGCGAGACGAUUCAGAAGUUUUCAGAGACAGCCAGGAACUUUUGCAAGCGGCUGGUUUGUGUGAAUGCGUCAUCCAGGCUGACUGCCAGCAAUGCUCUCAGGGAGCCUUGGCUGAACUCCGGAAGGCGUUCCGCCGAGUCGAAACGAAAGCCCGUGGAGAAUGGUACUCCAACUGCUGGCACUCCUAGAAAUGGUACUCCUAGAAAUGGCACUCCCAGAAACGGGACUCCAAGAAAAGGAGGAGGCACACCCAGAAAUGGAGAGGCUGGAGUCAAUGCCACAGCUGUUCCAAAGGGAGGAAUGCCUCCCAGGCCUGGCUUCGGCUAUCCGCAGGCCGAGGUCGACGAGAAGGCAAAGGAGCUUGAGAAGCUUCAAAAGAGAGUCAAUGAAUUAGAAGCUCGGGAGCGAGAGCAGGAGCAAAAGAAGACUGAAGAAGACGAUAAGGCACGUAACAAAGCCAAGAGCUUCAGAACGCAAAAGACCAAGGUGACUGAGGUGGGCACACCGGGCACUCCCAUGUCCGACCAGUCCCCCACCACGCUGAUGCCGGCGCCGCGGCUCCUGGCUCCCGGAACCAAGUGCCGCUACGAACCAUCUUCGUCCAGUAAAUUUUCUUUCAUCCCUGCGACGGUGCAGAGUUUUAACGAUCUGGACAGUACUUACAAUUUGGACUGCCGCCCUCACGCGGAUCCCUAUCGCAUUAGUCCAGCAAAGGACAUCUCAUGUGAGCAGGCCUGGCCACGUGGAACUCUUGUCCACUACAAGAGCGAGCAGCGGGAGAAGCAGGGUGGAGUACAGCCGCCACUGCCUGCCGUGGUCAAGUCUUUUAAUGAAAGUGCCAGACACCCAGAGCCAGCUGCAGCAUCAGCACAAGGAAUUGGAAGUUAG